GGGAUGCAUCGAUAGCAUUCGACGUCUCGGUUAAUGGGACAAAAAUCCUUUGAUGAUUAACAUGUUAUAAGUUGAUUGCAAUGAACGGAAAGUCAGGUACAGUGUAAUCGAAAAGAUCGGGGUGGAUCAAGAUAGUCAGAUACGGUAUAGUAGUAAAAACAUUCCAACAAACUUUGGGGCAUAGUUAGUGUCUAUAUAGACAGGCAUAUUUGCAUAUACAAAAGCCCUACAACUAAAAGGCAUACAACUCGACGCUAGAUCGGUGAGUUCCAACACAAAAUAUUGCUUGGUAGUACGGCGGACACUCAAAGCCAACUAACCAUGUCUGUACAAAGUGUUGCUCUGGCAUCUCUCACGGCCACCUAUACCGACUCGGAGGGCGAAGACGGGGUGGAAGACGACCUUCAGGAGAAUUCGAACACUCCCCAGGGGGCCGCCCCGCAUAAUGCCCAAGUCGGUCAGCCCCAGGCUUUCACCAGUCCCAAAUCUGGCAGAUCAGCCUCAAAUAGUCCCGUCGUUGCUCCCAGCGUUGGUGGCAAGUCUAGUAACGAUUUGUCAAACGCACCCACCUUAGUGACAGAUGUGACGUCUAAGGUGCAGAGACUGGUUUCAUACUUUGACGACACAAUAGUCUCCGAUGACGAGGGAGUGCUUCAAACACCGAUCGAUGGACAGCCUACCGAAAAUGGGAGGCUUCCUUCGAUUUUGGAACGCUCUCCCUCCUGUCAAGGAGAAUUAGUUUCAGAUAACGAGGUUGAUCCAUACGGAGUGACCAUACCACCGGAACCGCCAGGGCAGUGUCCUGUGGAAUUACAGGAGAAGAUAACUAAACUUUUCAGGAAAAUGGAGAGCGGCGGUUUGGACAUGAAUAAAGUUAUACAGCAAAGGAAAGACUUCAGAAAUCCAUCCAUUUACGAGAAACUUAUUCAGUUUUGUAGCAUCAACGAAUUGGGCACCAAUUAUCCUCCAGACAGAUUCGAUCCGUUUAAAUGGGGUAAAGACUCUUACUACGAGGAGCUCGCCAAGGUUCAGAAAGCUGAAAUGGACAAACUUGAGAAGGCUAGGAAGGAAAAAACGAAAAUCGAGAUAGUCUCCGGUACGGCUAAACGACCCAAUAGUUCUAGUGGGAACGAAGACGAUGCUAAGAAGAGAAAGAGUAAAUGGGAUCAAGUGGCGACAGGAGCCACUGCCUCGGUAAAGCCUACCGUUUUACUAUCUCAACCGACGCUUACUACUUUAACGUCAUCUGCGACUGGCACCAAAGCGACGGUAAUAUCGGCUUUCGGAUCCUUACCAAAGAAAAGACUGUAACAUAUUCUGUAAAUCAUUUGUAAAUAUCAGUUCUUUUAAAAAAAAUAACAUUUCAUCCUUCAUUUAAAGUUUUGCCGUAAACGCGGGAACAAUAGCGUAUUUUGUGUAAAUGUAUAUACGCAUGUCAUGUUUCGUAUAUGCGAAUAGAACCACUUAUAUAUAUAUAUAUAUAUACAUAUUAUUCAUAUGUCCACUUUUUCAGAUUUCAUUACAAGUAUUAUCGAUUCUUUGUU